AGGGUUUUAGAGUACUACAAGUAGAAGAGCGGUAACGCUUCUCUUGUCAGCAACAUUUCGCGUUUUCUAUCCCCUAAUUUCAAAUCAAACCCAGAAAUUCAAUUCUCAAACUUUGAACCAUGGUUGAAGACAAAGCUUCAGCUUCAGCUUCAGCAUCAGAAGUCGUGCAAACCCUAGAUCCUAAUCAAACCUCGAUUGAAGCUACUGUUGAAUCUGUAGCCACUGAAUCCACCUUCAACAACAACGGGGAAGAGAGUGCUGUAACUGAUGAUGAGGGGCGUGAGAAGACCCUUGAGUUCGCAGAUGAGCUGACCGAGAAAGGCUCCGUCUUUUUGAAAGAGAGUGACUUUGCUGAAGCUGUUGAUUGUUUUAGCCGUGCCCUCGAGAUCAGGGUUGAACACUAUGGUGAGCUUGCGUCUGAGUGUGUCAAGGCGUAUUACAAAUAUGGAUAUGCUCUUCUGGAGAAGGCUCAGGCUGAAGCUGAUCCGCUUGGUAACGUCCCUAAGAAAGAUGGUGAAGGUCAGCAAGAGUCUAGUGAUAAGAACACUGCAAACGGUGAGUCUGUUGCUGCAUCUCUUGUUGUGUCAAGUGAUCCAGAGAGACAAGGGAGCUCAAGUGGCGGCCCAGAAGGUUCUGAUGGUAAAGAGCAAGGAGAGAACGGUGAAGAUUGUCAAGAUGAUGACAUAUCUGACGCUGAUGCUGAUGAAGAUGAGUCUGAUUUGGAUAUGGCAUGGAAAAUGCUCGACAUUGCAAGGGCUAUUUCUGAAAAACAGUCAACUGAUACAAUGGAGAAAGUGGAUAUUCUCUGUGCCCUUGCUGAAAUUUCUCUAGAGAGAGAGGACAUUGAGUCUUCCCUGAGUGACUACAAGAAAGCUUUGUCCAUCUUAGAACAUUUGGUUGAACCAGACAGUCGACACAUAGCCGAGCUAAACUUCCGCAUAUGUAUAUGUCUAGAGACUGGAUGUCAGACUAAGGAAGCAAUACCAUAUUGUCAAAAGGCUUUGUUAAUCUGCAAAGCUCGGAUGGAGAGGCUCACUAAUGAGGUCAAGUGUACAUCUGGAUCAGCUACUUCCUCAACUGACUCUGAUAAGUCUGCUUCAGAGAAAGAAGCUGAGAUCAGAACUUUAUCUGGUCUCGCAGAGGAUCUGGAAAAGAAGCUUGAGGAUUUGAAGCAACAAGCAGAGAACCCAAAGCAACUUCUUGCUGAGCUAAUGGGCAUGGCAUCAUCAGCUAAUGCAAGUGCUAGUGACAAGGCUGUUGCUACUGUUGUUGGUGAAAUGAGCUCUUCUCGGAUGGGGAAUGCGAACACCGGGAAAGACUUAGAGUUGCCUACGGUCUCAACCGCUCAUACAGGUGCAGGAGGGGGAGGAGCGUCAUCAGGUGUUACUCAUUUAGGUGUUGUUGGAAGAGGAGUGAAACGAGUUUUGUUGAAUGCAACAUCCGCAGAAUCAAGUCCAGCUAAGAAACUAGCUCCUGAGUCUUCAGACAAAGCAGAUGGUAACUCUUCCUGAAAGAUUUUUUAAAAAAACUUUCCAUUGGUAGUGAAUUUUAACAGAAGAAACAGAGAAAAACGUUUGGUACCUCCUCAUGAAUCCUUUAAACUAUAUGUUCGAGUUAUGUAUUGUAAUUUGAGUCCGUACUUGACGCUUUUAAACCUUUACUAUUAUUUUUAAUCUGUCUUAUAAACAUGUUUUAUCUGCUGAAGAAUGCAAUACCUUAACUUCAAGAAGUGGGUUACUUGUAGCAUUAAAAGCUAUGGAAUAUUAUAUGCUAACCCCUUCUGCUUAUAGCCAAUCAAUCUAUGUGUUCUCUUUGUG